UCCUGAACUCCUGCUGCUCUGAAGACACAAUGGCUUCGUCAUCCGCUCUGUCCAAGGCCAACACCAGCUUCUGUCUGGAUCUGUUCAAACAGCUGAGUGACAAGGACAAAGCGGCAAAUGUCUUCUUCUCUCCUUUUAGCAUCUCCUCAGCCAUGGCUAUGGUGAUGCUGGGGGCCAGAGGCAACACACACACACAGAUGUCAGAGAUUGUGAAGAUCGAGAUCUGUCUGGAUGACAUCCACGCUGAAUUCAGUGAACUACUGAAGACACUCAACAAGGCAGACGCUCCUUACUCCCUCAGUGUGGCCAACAGACUGUACGGGGAGCUUUCCUUCCAGUUUGUUGAGGAUUUCUUAGGAGAAACCAUAAAGCACUACAACGCAGAGUUAGAGUCUGUUGACUUUAAAACCAGUCAUGAGGCAGCAAGGCUCAACAUCAACGGCUGGGUGGAGAAGAACACACAAGGUAAAAUCAAGAAUUUGCUGGUCGAAGGUGUGGUGAACAGCAUGACCAGUAUGGUGCUGGUAAAUGCCAUCUACUUCAAAGGCAAAUGGGACGAGCCCUUUGAGAAGAGUUCCACAAAAGGGGCUCAGUUCAGAAUCAACAAGGUAAAACUGUACAGAGAAAACGUACCUCAGAGCUUCAUUGCUGAGAUCUUUUGCCAGGUCCUUGAGAUGCCUUACAAAGGGAAGGAGCUAAGCAUGCUCAUCUUUCUCCCAAUGGAUAUACAAGACAGUUCAACUGGUCUGGAAAAGCUGGAGAAGGAGCUGACCUAUGAGAACUUUGUGGAGUGGACUCAUUCAGACAGGUUGUCUCUCUCUGAUGUUGAGGUGGGCCUGCCUCAAUUCAAGAUGGAGGAGAGUUAUGACAUGGGGGCUGUCUUGGCCAGCAUGGGCAUGGUGGAUGCCUUUGAUGCAAGAAUGUGUGACUUCUCAGGCAUGUCUUCUUCCAACAACCUGGUGAUGUCAAAAGUCGUCCACAAGGCUUUCGUGGACGUUAAUGAGGAGGGAACCGAGGCUGCGGCUGCCACUGCUGUCAUCAUGAUGCUGGGCUGUGUACUAAGGCCUCGAGGCACCUUCAUUGCAGACCAUCCCUUCCUCUUCUUCAUCCGACAUAACCCCACCAAAACUGUUUUGUUUUCUGGCCGCUAUUGCUCCCCUCAGUGA